AUGGUGGACCAGGGAUAAGGGUUAGGGUCAGCGUCUGUGGAGAAAGGAGUUCCGUUAGAAUUUUCGCUCUGGGGCAUGAGGGAUCUGCGGGGUAAGGCGCACAGAGCCGUGAGGAGACGCCGUAAGGCCCGCGGCCAGGGCGCCCGAGGCCAGGCCCGGGUCCACGGGUGGUCGCACCUGGACCCGGGAAGCAGAGGGGCACAGAUGCUGCGAGAAAAAUUGUGGGUGCCCUGGAACGGGCUCAUUGUGAUCGGGAAGAGAAUGGAUCUCCUGGGUAGAAAUACACAAAAGCCUAGGAUGUGCGACCCAAAGCUUGACUCUGAGUACUGGGGACGAGAAGAUGUGGAAAAAAUGGUCUUGAAAGCGAAGUCAGGCCAAAGUCAGGAAAGGAUGGAUGUGAAGCUACUGCACAGUGUAGCAAAUGCAUUACGGGCUUCAGCAGGUUUGGGGAAAAACAGCCCAAAGGAGAUGGGGGGAAAGCAAGAAAUUAGAGGCAAAAUAGGCGCUGAAUCCGAGAGUGCACGGACUACAGCAGGGUCUAGGAAGGGGUCUGGCUUUAAAGAGAGGUUGAAAUUUACUGGAGUGGGGACCGGAGGAGAGGACUUGAGAUCCAGACCACAUACACUAGGGCAGAAUGAGGAGGAGCUGAGGUCGAGUGGAGAGGAGCUGAGAUCGAGUGGAGAGCAGCUGAGGUCGAGUGGAGAGCAGCUGAGGUCGAGUGGAGAGAAGCUGAGAUCAAGUGGAGAGAAGCUGAGAUCAAGAGGAGAAAAGCUGAGGUCAAGUAGAGAAAAGCUGAGGUCAAGUGGAGAGAAGCUGACAUCAAGUGGUGAGAAGCUGAGUCUGAGUGAAGAGAACCUGAGGUCAAGUGGAGAGAAAGAGGGAUCCAGGGGAGAGAAGCCGGAAAGUAGUGGAGAGGAUUUGAGAUCCACCGGAGAUAAACUGCAGUCAAGUGCAGAGAAGCUAGAGGGUUCAGGAAUGGAGAGCAUAACUGAAGAGACAACUGAGAGAAUGGUAGAAGUUACUGGUGAUGAAAAAUGGAUUAAAGUUCCUGGUGCUGAGAUGGAAAAUCGUUUUGAAAAGGCGGAAGGAAGUGACGAAGAGCUGGAAGGGACUGAGGAAGCAAUGGGAGUUGAGGAUGUCUUGGGUGGAGUGAAUGAUGUUGCUGAUGAAUCUGUUUCUAUGGAAGAGAAAGAGGUUAUAGAUGAAGGUAAUGGUGAAUGAGGCAGAUGAAGGACUGAAGCUAAUGAAGGAACGAGAGUCAGAUAGAGGGUGUUGCCAGUCAAGGAGGAGAAAUUAGAGCCAAGCAGAGCAUUACUGACUCUGAAGAGGUAAAUAUGAGAGAGGUAAGGAGAGCAUGGGGAUGAAGAAUUUGUAAGGGUGAAGGUGGAGGCUAGGGCCAAAGGACAUGAAGAAGAAUGAGAAGGAGGGAAAUGGGAACAUUUUGAGGAGAUAGAAAGGAUCUGAUAAUGUCUUGCUAUGUCGAGGAAAGGUGGAGAUUUUUUUCUUGGAGAAGAGCUGUGACUGAAGGGCUUGUUGGGAAAUGUUCGAGAAACGGAUUUGGGAGGAGCUAGAGGAUUUUGUUUAAUGUGUGGUUGGUUUAUAAGAUAGAGAAGAAUGCAUAGUGAGAAAAAUGGGGAAUUACAGCAGGAUAAAGGGUGGAUAAUGAAGGUUGUGAAGGAAGAUGCAAGCUGGAGCGAGGAAAGAAAACUUCUGAGAGGAUCCUGAAGAGGAAUGAGGGGCUCCAAAGUGACACAAGCAAGAGAAAAGAAAGAAGUGAAGAAAAAAACCUCAUUUUGGCCAACCACAUCAUCUAAUAGCUUCCAGAGAAAGAGACCAUGGGAGAUCUCUGCCUUCCCAAGAUCAUCUACUCUUAGCCUCCUCUGGUGAAUCUCAGAGCACUGAGAAAUUGUUGCCUCUUUGAUAGGCGGCUUACAUAGGCAUGAGAUCAAGACAGCUGUGUGGGUCUCUCAGAUGGCACUGCACAGCAUAUAAAUCAUGAACCAAAUAACCAGACUUGUUCUUGGCUGGAUUACAUGUUCUCCUGAGAUACCAGAAUCAUUCCACCGAGGCCAUGGAAAGAAAUAGUGAAGAUCAAGACACCAUGACAAACGGCAGCCACCUUACAGUGCGAUGCUCGACAGUGAGAGGCUGGGGGUUCCAGCCAGGUGCCAGGUGGCCGUGGUGACCUUGACAGCACGUGACCUCUUUAGGCUUCGCUUUCCUCGUCUGGACAGACAGCAACAGCGCCGACCUUGGGGCUGGUGCAUAGUACACCAGAUGGAUGGGAGGAAACAGAACUUGGAAGAUCUAACUCGCAACGCACCGCCCCGUCCCAGGACCAGAAUCCGCAUGUCUGACGACCGCCCCUCCAGCGCUGGCCCCGCGGCGGCGCCUGGCCUGAGCCCCACGGGCCGGCGAGCCUGCCACCCAGGGGGAGAGCUGCCCGGCAAGAGGAGCAAUCUCAGACGGAGCCUCGAGAGGAGUUGACUGAUUGGCUACAGGAACCAGAGUAAAACUGGGAGCACCAGGGCAUGAACCCUUUUCACACCUCCUGGAACAUCACAUCUAAGGCCCAAGCCUGGGAGCCACCCCCGCCCCUUGGUGUCCAUCUAGCAGGGGGGACAUGAUGGAAGAACAUGGAACUGGGUCCCCAGAGUGAUAGGUCUCUGCAAGGGAUCCUAGUCUCGACGGUGGACUCUGGGUGCACCAAAGACUCAUCACCCCACCGGCCUUUCUCCUACAGCCGCAGCUGGACAAACUCUUGGUCUCCACACUGUAGGUGCAGAGGUGCCUCUUGACGUCGUUGUGACACUUCAUGUGGCGGUUCAGCAUGCGCUGGUAGGUGAAGGCCUUCUGGCAGAUAUGGCAAGUGAAGAGGUCUCCACUGGGACUGUCCCCGAGGGUCACCUGUGGGCGAGGAUGGUGUCUGUGCCAGCCGUCCAGGAGCAGGGGCUGCAGAUGCAAGGCCUCAGAUGCCGACGGGGCCGGAAGCGGCACACUCGCGUGAGGUGAAGACCACCGGGCACGUGCCUCAAGGGACAGCUAACCACCAAGUGGACUCCAGAGCUCACUCUGGACGCGGCAUGGAGGGGAAGCCAGCAGAAGGGGUUGAGCCGGGCUCAUGUCUCCCGCUUUUCCUAGGACUAGCAAAGAGUCCAGGUAGAGACAAACAGAACGGAAACCUCUUCCCUCUUCUGUCUUUCCGUAUCGGAUAGCGUGAGUGAAGCUCCUGGAAGCUGGAGCCCGGCCACAUGGCCUGCGCAGGCAGCAGCUGAGGGAGGAGUGACAACAGGCGGUGGCUGCAGCUACGCAUCGCCCGCCCACAGCUGUGGAGCCCAGCAAGGCCAGACCAGCCGGCCCUCUCCCUACUCCCUCGGGCCUUCGCCGGUUCCCCUGCGGUCGGCCCAGCUCACCUCUGCUGGAUGACGCCGAGGUCACGGGCAGCUUUCCACCCAAGGACCGGCUCCCCCCUUCUGGCCCCCAGCAAGUCCCCUGUCUCGCAGACUGCAAGCUGGCCAAAUACCGGACAGAAGGCCAGGUCCUACCCCUCGCCGGGCCUCGGGUCAGGGCCGCUCUCUAGGGCGAGCAGGACUCUCCCUCCCCAGAAUGAUGAGGGCAAAUUCUCACCUGUGCCCUCCAGGUUUUGACCCGGACCAACCAUCUUGGCCGAUCCUAUAGAGUGAGAGGUCUGCACAGCUCCCCUCACCUGGACAGCACCAGCAGGCGGCACAGAGCACCCAGAAGCCCUUGCCUGUCACCUGAUGGGACAGCCCCUGGGAUGGAGGCCUCCCCCACCACUCCCACAACGGCCACCAGAACUGUGGUGGGAGAAAUCACCAGGAUGCAAGGAAGUCAAUGAUUUGAACAAACGGAAUUUCUUUGUCCUUUGUAAAAGUCAACACAUGAUCUGUUACUGAUUGGGAUGUGAAAUAAAACUAAAA